AUGGGCACGCUGCGCGACCUGCAGUACGCGCUCCAGGAGAAGAUCGAGGAGCUGAGGCAGCGCGACGCGCUCAUCGACGAGCUCGAGCUCGAGCUGGACCAGAAGGACGAGCUUAUCCAGAAGCUGCAGAACGAGCUGGACAAGUACCGCUCCGUGAUCCGGCCCGCCACGCAGCAGGCGCAGCAGGCGGCGCAGCAGCAGGCGGCACAGCAGCCCCGCGGCGGCGGCGGCGCUGGCGGCGGCGCGGGGAGCGGCGCGGGGGGCGGCGCGGGGGGCGGCGCGGGCGAGCCCCGCACCAAGCGCCAGGCGAUCUCCGCUGAGCCCACUGCCUUCGACUUGCAGGACCUCAGCCACGUGACGCUGCCCUUCUACCCCAAGAGCCCCCAGUCCAAGGAUCUUAUCAAGGAAGCCAUCCUUGAUAAUGACUUCAUGAAGAACCUCGAGCUGUCUCAGAUCCAGGAAAUUGUGGAUUGUAUGUAUCCGGUGGAGUAUGGCAAAGACAGCUGCAUCAUCAAGGAAGGCGACGUGGGCUCCCUGGUGUACGUCAUGGAAGAUGGAAAGGUAUAUUUAGAGAGAGAGAAUAUAAAAAUUUGUAUAUACAGAGAUGGUAAGGGGUUUGGACAACUGUCCAUUAUAUUCAAUUGUGCCACAACUGCUACUGUUCAAACUCUUGUAAAUGUGAAACUCUGGGCCAUCGAUCGACAAUGUUUUCAGACAAUAAUGAUGAGGACAGGCCUCAUCAAGCACACGGAGUAUAUGGAGUUCUUGAAAAGUGUUCCCACGUUCCAGAGCCUCCCUGAAGAAAUUCUAAGCAAGCUGGCUGAUGUUCUGGAAGAGACACACUAUGAGAAUGGGGAAUACAUCAUCAGACAAGGAGCCCGAGGAGAUACCUUCUUUAUCAUCAGCAAAGGAACGGUAAAUGUCACUCGAGAAGAUUCCCCAAGUGAAGAUCCAAUCUUCCUUCGCACGUUAGGGAAAGGUGAUUGGUUUGGAGAAAAAGCCCUGCAGGGGGAAGACGUGAGAACCGCCAAUGUCAUUGCCGCAGAAGCAGUGACCUGUCUGGUGAUCGACAGAGACUCCUUCAAGCACUUGAUCGGAGGCUUGGACGACGUUUCUAAUAAAGCCUAUGAAGACGCAGAGGCCAAAGCAAAAAAAAGGACUCGGACUCGGCCAGUUAUUGGCCAGCUGGCCGUCCCUCCUUGUGCUCCGGGGUUUUUCUGGCUCCCAGCAGCAGGCAUCAGACCCCCAGCCACGCCCCUGCCCUCGGGGAGUUUGCAGUCUAGAAUUGAGGCCCUGAAUUGGAUCCCAAACAGCGUUUGCCAAAAGCUGACCAGGCGGGCAGCUGAACUCUUGGCCAUGUCUUGUCUCCCCCGGUUAAAGGAUGAGCUCGCAGGGAACAGGGACUUGUUAGAGCUAGAAGGGAUCAAGGAAGUCCUCUAUGCCUACAGCUUCACUUUACAGAAAAGGAAACUGAGGUCCAGAAGCAUUGAUUUACUCACCCAAAGUCACAUGGGUCAAUUACAGACAUUUAUGGAAGAUGUCUUCUUCAAAAUCCAUUUGGAAGAUCGUCCUCCAGAUGUUCCUCUUUGCAAAGGAUUGUGUGGCUUGUACCAAAUCCCAGAAUAUUACAAUCUCCUCUGUGAGAUCCGUGGUUACUCGGUCCAGUUGAAAAGUGAAGAAUCAAAAACAUUUGCCAUGAAGAUUCUUAAGAAGCGCCACAUCGUGGACACGAGACAGCAGGAGCACAUCCGUUCUGAAAAGCAGAUUAUGCAAGGGGCUCAUUCAGAUUUCAUUGUCAGACUCUAUCGGACCUUCAAGGACAGCAAAUACCUGUACAUGCUGAUGGAAGCCUGCCUAGGUGGAGAGCUUUGGACGAUUCUCAGGGACAGAGAUUUCAACAUUCCUGGUGAAAGCCUCUGUCACUACACCGGGGGGCAACGAGAAAUGAGAACUGACUUUGAUAAAUUUGUGCUACAAAGGAAAUCGCUCAAUCCCUCGUCAUUGACCAGACACUGUGGCCAGUCAAAGAAAAGAGUCAGCAUGUCCACGUUCCUCUUGGACUCCUUUCGCAUUUGUGAUAGCCGGCCAUUUCUGAAAUCUGCUCCUGUCGAGGAGAAGACAAGCCAUUCAGUGACAAAAAUCAUCUUUCUCAAUGAAGCGAGCCGAGCUUCCCAGGCUAUUCCUUUGUGUCACGGAGGAGACCUCACUGCCAGGCGUAGCCAGUAUGUUGACUUUGGCUUUGCGAAAAAAAUAGGAUUUGGAAAGAAAACAUGGACAUUUUGUGGGACCCCAGAAUAUGUAGCCCCCGAGAUCAUCCUGAACAAAGGUCAUGACAUUUCAGCAGACUACUGGUCGCUGGGAAUCCUAAUGUAUGAACUCCUGACGGGCAGUCCCCCUUUCUCAGGCCCGGAUCCUAUGAAGACCUAUAAUAUCAUAUUGAGAGGAAUUGACAUGAUAGAAUUUCCAAAGAAGAUUGCCAAAAAUGCUGCUAAUUUAAUUAAAAAACUAUGCAGGGACAAUCCAUCAGAACGAUUAGGAAAUCUGAAAAAUGGAGUCAAAGACAUUCAGAAGCACAAAUGGUUCGAAGGCUUUAACUGGGAAGGCUUAAGAAAAGGAACUUUGACACCGCCUAUAAUACCAAGCGUCGCAUCCCCCACAGAUACGAGCAACUUUGACAGCUUCCCUGAGGACAACGAUGAGCCACCACCAGAUGACAACUCGGGAUGGGACAUAGACUUUUAAUGCAUUUUUCUUACCUGCUUCUGCCUUGCUGAAGACAGCUUUUCUGAGACACGGCUGCCAGCAAACCUGAAGGAAUGGGAGAAGAUCCGUGCUCGGGGUCACCAUGAUGCCUUGAUCGAUGAUGCUGCUACGGCACUCCAGUGGCAUUAGGACUUAUCGCUUAGAUGACAAUAUGCUCUCUCUACAUGUUUUAUGUUUGAACCGAAACUUGCAGUUGCCAUGGUGGUCCUGAAGCAAAGCCUUUUCACCAGUAAAGAAACAAUGUCUGCCCCAUCCACGAUCUCAUUUUGCUCUAGUUCUAAUCCAAAAGAAAAAAACAGUAUCAGAAACCCUUCAACCCAGCUUAGAUCUGAACCUUGCAGCUAGGAGUCUCAGUAGGAUCAGAUUGUCCUUUUUUGGGUCCUGCAGUCCUCUAGGGUAUGGGUGGCCAGGAUGUCACACUCUUACACAGAAGGACACAGGGGUCUUUUGUGUAGGUGAGUGUCUAUCAGGGGGGAAAGGACCACAAAUUGAUUAGUCAACUCUUUUUUCUUUCAUUUCCUCCCAAGCAGUAAUCAUG